CAGCCCACUGAGCCAUCACUCUCCACAUUAAUACAGAGGGACACACAGCUUCCAAGGCAGCAGUUUCCCUUCAGCAUUCAGCAAUGACCAUUAACAGUCUCCAACCAGGGAAGAAUUGCAAAGUCCAGAUGUCAUGUUUGGCCAAGAUGGAACGACUGGUCGUGUCCAUGCAGGAUCCAGACAUGGGCAUCAAAAUGAGGAAUCAGAGGCUCCUGAUCACAGUUAUACCUCAUGCCAUGACAGGGAACGAUGUGGUGGAAUGGCUGAUUCAGAAGCUUUCUAUCAGCGAGGAAGAGGCUCAGCACCUGGGGAACCUGCUGGUUCGGUACGGCUACAUCUACCCCUUGAAGGAUCCGCGGAACCUCAUCCUAAGAGCCGACGACUCCCCCUACAGGUUCCAGACCCCGUACUUUUGGACUACAAAUAAAUGGCCGGCCACUGAGUUGGAUUACGCAAUAUAUCUUGCAAAGAAAAACAUCAGGAAACAAGGAGAACUGGUCGAAUAUGAAAAGGAUAAUUACAAUCAGCUGCACAAACGGAUCAACCACACGUGGGACUUCGUAGUGAUGCAGGCAAGGGAACAGCUCAGGGCGGCCAAGCAACGAAGAAAAGGAGAUCGAAUUGUUAUUGAAUGUCAGGAGCAGGCGUAUUGGCUGGUCAGCAAACCGUCGCCCGGUUGCCUGAAUGUGAUGGAGCACGGGCCGGAGAGAGGGAACGCCUGCGGGGGCACCAUGCAGCUAGGAAAGAACAUUGAUUUUUAUAAAAGAGAGAUGGACUACUUGAAGAAAGCCAUGGGAAGAACAAGAGUGAAGUCUUCAAUCUGCCUCGAAGGCUUUCUGAAGUUCAGCGAACAGUACCUCCCCCAUGAUCCCAUCAUGUCUGGCUGCCUUCCCAGCAACCCCUGGAUCACCGACGACGUCACGUACUGGACCAUAAAUGCACCCAUGGUGGCGAUGCCAAGCAAGCUCAGAGUGGAUCGUUGGACCUUUAAUUUUAUGGAGCUUCUAAAUGAUCCACGUGGACGGAAGGAGUUCCUGCAGUUUUUGGAGAAGGAAUUCAGUGCGGAGAACCUCUGUUUUUGGGAGGCCUGUGAAGAGUUACGUUAUGGAGAGCAAUCUAAGAUUGCUUCAACGGUGGAGUCCGUCUAUCAGCAGUUUUUAGCUCCCGGCGCCACCCGCUGGGUAAACAUCGACAGCAAGACCAUGGAAAAGACUUUAGAAGGGAUAAAGAAUCCCCACCGCUAUGUGCUGGAUGAUGCCCAGAUGCACAUCUACAUGCUCAUGAAAAAGGAUUCCUAUCCGAGGUAUCUAAAAUCUGAUAUGUAUAAGAACCUCCUGGGCCAGGCGUUCAUCCCUCCGGAGACCAAGAAAGGAGUUUUCCCAUUCAUGAGAAGGCAGCGACACUCCAGCCCCAGUCCAGCGUUCUUACUGCCCCAGGGGGAGCAAGAGGGAAGAACAGAACCGCUCACCCCCGCCGCUCUCUCCCAGCUUUGUCCCUUAAGCAAUCCUCUGGCCGCGCUGCCCGAAGCAACCCUACCUACCUGCCCCGAAGAACUCCAACCUUACUCCUUGCCUGAUGGCUCCUCCCUUUGCCUGGAAGCCCCAACCAUCUUCACCUUCCCGACUCCCACCACCAAUGGCUCUGAGAGCCAUGAGAGAGGGCCAUGCCCCCGGGAUCCCUUCUGUGCCCCCCUAGAGACCCCCCGGCGCCAGGAGGAGGAAGGGGAAAGCAUUCUGACAUCGACUGCACUUUGAACCGGGCCCCCCGCUCUCCCACUCCAACACCCAAUGGUGCCUUUAUCUAGCGACACGCAGGGGGCACUGGCGGAAUCCUCCCCUGGCACAGACACUGACGCAGUCGCUGUUUGCUUUCCAUCUGGCCUCAUUCCCUACUCUCUCUAGUUCUAAUAAGGGAUUCUAUCCCUCCCAGCUAUUCCCUACUCCUGAGACUCCAAGCUGGUAUCGGACUGGGCCGGCGGGACACUGGAAGAAAACCCUAUGGGCCCCCAAUGACCCAUGGACUAAGGAGGCAAAGUUCUGCAUUGCUGCCCAGUAUGAUGCUGGCUGGGAUGUUGAGAGUUGUAGUUCAAGGUAGUGCAGUUAUACUAAGCAGGUCCCAACUGGGAUUCUACAUAAGCCCUGGCAUUCCAAGGCCCAAACAGCCCCCCCCCCCCCAGCCCAAUAAAUAGUGAGUGUCUAUGGCAUCUUACAGCCCCCCUGGCAUUUGCCUGAACCCACAGAUUGGCAGUUUGGGCCUGAUACCAAGCCGUGAUUGGAGGACGGUAAUGGCUUCACUUUUUGGCAUAGGCCCGGAACAUCUCUGAAUACUACCUGGCUAGGUGACCAUUUGCCAAGCUGGCACGUGCCCAUGAGGGAAUAAGCUCCCUGUAUCUGCCCAGUGGCUGCUGGGAGAUUCCUGAGGGUGGGGGAGCAGUAGGGAACCAACCUGCAGCCUUUAAAUGGGCCUAGAAUAAAAGCCCCCGGAGCCCUGACAGGCAGUUUUAGCUCAAUAUCAUUCUGUAGAUUAAACAGUUAAACAGUAAAGGCCAAGCUAACCACUUUUUGUAGAAUUUUAGAUUUUUUUUAAUAGAAAUUCUAGUUUUCCUUGAAUGCGCGGAUACUAACAACUGAAAGUCAUUUCCAAAUAGGAGCAGAAAUGUCCCAGGGAGGACCUGAUAGGGAACUGAAGCCUGUCUGUGCUUGUGUGACUGCAGGGCUGUGAUUGGCUACUCCCCCUCUUACUGUGCUUCUGGCAGGGACUGUUGGGACACGCCCACCCCUCUAUUGAAACACAGACGGGGACCUGAGAGGACCUAUAGGGAGCUCCGAUAUUAAUUCCUAGGCCAGAGAAUAUUCCACUUCUGUGAUAAAGAGCUGAAUGUUUAUGUAACGGAGGAUUGCAUGGCGCCCCUAAACAUUUAUAUGUCAUUUCUUGAUCGAUGUUGACCUUUUUCUUGUACAUUCCCUUUGCCCAUAGACUAUUCUGCCGAUUUAUUCCCCCCCCCCAACCCCAGGCAAGGGUAGAAAUGAGCUCAUUGUUCUGCCAUUGUUAUUUCCACCCUGUGCUGCCUGUGCUCUCAGGAGUAAUGAUUAUACAUAGGGAAGGGCUCAAUAUUGACUUUGCAGAUCCUGGGGAAGGGAAAGUGCACUGUGUAUCGUAGGGAAAUAGGGAAAAUACUUGUUUUUACAUUUUAUCAAUCAGCUAGAAGGGCACCUGUAGAACAAGAGACUAUUUAUUGGGUUUAUGUCCAACCUACAGGCAGAGUUCCCCUUUAAUAAGGGCAUUUCCCCAAAUCUUUUCUCUUUUUUUCAGAUACAAACGACGGAAGGGGUUAAUUAAACGUCGUUGCAAAUUGCACAAUGAAUUCAUUUGAAAUAAAACAUUAAAUGAGUCGAGAAA